AUGCCCACUUCACAUUUCUCCAUUAUCAAUAACAGUGGUGAAGGUGUAGACGUAUCAGCUGUGAUUGAUGAAAUCAAUAUUCUUAGUUUUAAGUUCGUAGCAAGUCAAGAUCGUGAGUGUGUGAAACGAGAUUUAGAUUUGAUUGAUCAUUCUGGUGUCGUUAUGCAAUUGACACUAUGGAACAAAGCAGCUGAGGAUUUUCACGAAGAUGUAUUUGGUCAAACUUUUAUCAAAAAGGCAUUAGUGAAGAAGUGGAAUGAUUAG